CUCAUCCGAGACCAAAGCCCCAAUCUCAAGGUUUCGAUCCCCAGCUUGUUCGUGACAAGGAGUAGGGUCGACUGUCCAAACCUCGUGGGUUUUCUCUGGGUCUUCCAGUUUUCUCCCAUUGGCACUGCUACUUACCCCAAUGCUUGCAAAGGAAUUAUCUGAAAUUUAAUUUUACCAUAAGUUAGUCCCGAAAUGACCUAAUCUGUGGCGAGUGGACGUUAAACACCAUUUCUCUCUCUGUUUAUUAAUAAUAUGAACAAAAGGGCUAUUGACUCCCUGAAUCCUCAAUACAGAACCGCCUCAAAGGGAGACAACUUUAAAAGAAUUAGUUUCGAAUUUGUUUCAAAUUCUCUUUUAGACUCAUCUAAUUCAAUUACCACGAAAUUUGAUAUUAGAUAAUGAAAUAUGAAGACAAAAUUACAUUAUUGCCUAAUUUAUAGACUGCAUCUGUGUUUUCUAAAGCUAAAAUCAUUAGAUAACAAUUUUAUUCUCGUAUUUUGGCCAAGAUGGCUUCCCUGAGUGAGAAAUUAGCCAAGUUAGCCGAUACAACUCCAGUUUUCCAUGAUCCUGAACAGGACACGUUAGAUUUAACUGUAGCAAAGUUAGCUGAAAAGGAUGAGAAAGAUGAUAGCCUCAAUAUUUCUACAAGAAGUAGUCUUAGAACCAAAUCAACAGCUCUAUUAGAUGAAGAUGAUUCUAAAUAUUCAGGCAAAAGAACUUCUCGCAAAAAGCUCCGAAAUGAUGAGUUUUCAGAUGAAGAAAUUGAUAGCCUAGCAUUAGACGCUCUGAGAGAAGCUAUUGAUUCAGAUGAUAGUGGCCAGUCAGUCGAUGAUGAUGAGGAGGAGGAGGAUGAUGACGACGAAAUUGACAUUGAUAGUGGUGAUGAUAAAGAAGCAGUAGAAAAUUUUAAGACAAAAAUACAACAAGCGAAAAAGGAAUUUAGUUUUGAAGGUGAUGGCGAUUAUGGCAAAUACGGCGAAGAAGGUGAUGAGGAAGAAGAUGAUGAUGACGAAGGAGAUGAUGAUGAUGAUGAAGAAAUGAGUGAUGAGGAGGAUGAUGAUGAUGUUCAAGAAGAAAAGAAAAUUAAUAAAGAUGGUAAAGAGUCCGGUAUAAAACAGUUUUCUACGCCAGCGGCUGCCAGUGAAGAAGUGGAAAAGGGCAAACAUGCUAAAAAUCAAUUAGGUAUAUGGGAUGGUUUACUAGAGACUCGUAUAAAACUACAGAAGACUGUAUCAUCUAUAAAUCAACUACCACAGCCUUCUAUCUGGUCACUCUUUAAUAAACUGGGUGGAGAAAACUUUGAUAAUCUUGCUACUGAAGCGCAAUGUGAACUACGAACUCUGUUGGAGAAACUGGUUCAACUACAGACGUUAUUACUUCUACAGAAUCCAGCAACUAAACAAAUAGUUUCCGACAAAAAUCAACAACAACAACAUACACGAGAAGAAGAUGAUGAUGGUGAUGAAGAUGAUAUUAAAAUGAGUAUUGAAGACGACGAGGAGAUAACUAGCGAGGAAGAAGAUGGUCAAGCGAAUAAAUCAGCGUCUAAGAAGCCCACUCCGCUACUUGUCACAGGUACAAAGAGAAAAAUACCUUUAGAUGAAUAUCCUGAAUUCCUAGCGAAACGACAUACAGACUUCCAAACAUACAGAAAUGAUACUAUCACUAAAUGGAACAGUAAAACUCAGUUGGUAUCUGGAAAGAUAAAAGGGAAGGGUUUUGGUGCCUUUAAUCAGUCAGUUUUAAAACAAAUACAACAGAUUAUGAGUGAUAAGGAAAGAUUAAUCAGAAGAACGCAGUUGAAGAGAUCAGAUUAUCGGGUGUUGGGAACGACAGAAGAAAACCGACCUGAAGAACAAGAGUUACCUCCCGAAGAUGUGGAGAUGGACAGACCGGUGGCAGCACCUGUCAACGAUUACGAUGUAGAAAUAUUUGAUGAUAGCGAUUUCUACCAUCACAUGUUACGGGAAUUUAUUGAUAGAAAAUCAUCGGAGAUUGAUGAUCCAUUGGCUUUAGGAAGACAGUGGUUAGAGGUACAGAAAAGUCGAACAAAAGUUAAACGACAUGUUGAUACUAAAGCUAGUAAAGGUAGAAAAUUACGGUAUAAUGUACACAGUAAACUAAUCAAUUUUAUGGCACCUGUAGAUAACUCACCUUGGACAGACGAAGCCAGGGAUGAUUUGUAUAAGAGUUUAUUUGGUCAGAAAGUUAAAUUACCAGAAGGCAGUGAUGAGUCAUCGAAGGGAAGAUAACUCUAAAUAUAUAAUAAUAAUAAUAAAAUAAUAAUUAAAAAAAACGUGUAAAAAAUAAAAUAUUUAAAAUAUUUCU